AUGGAAGAAGUAGUGGAGCAGCAGCAGCAGCUAGACUGUGGCGGCGGCGGUGGCGGGAGCAGCAACCCGCGGAGGGUGCGCCGCGUGCAACCCCGGCGGUACGCCGACGUGCACGCCGUCUUCGGCACCAGCAACGUCACCAGGCGGCUCCAGGGACUGCCGGUGCAGGAGCGGCGGCGGGCGGCGAACACGAUGGCGACGGAGGUGGGGUGGCCGAUGCAGGACCUGGUGUACGGCUGCACGGGGGUCAUCGACCGCCUGCAGCAGAAGAUCCGCGCAGUGCAGCACGAGCUCGCCACGACAUGA